CUCCCUUUAUCGUUAAGAACGUUAGGCGUCCCUGACACCGGAGAGACUUGUAGUGGUUGUCACAGUUUUGUCAAGUUUUAGAAGGAUAAGACAUUGAUUAAAAGUGAAAAUGCCGAGGAGAGCAUUGAGAUGUGUUGUUGAUCUCAAAAUACGAGCGGUAUCAGCACCAGGUGUAUGGUUAAGUAGUCGAGAAGAUGUUUACCUUAGUAUAAGUCUAUUUGGACAAUACAGAAAUACUAACUUAGUACCAUCUAUAUUCCCUCUACUGUUUAAAGAAGAUUUUGUAUUUGAAAAGACAUACUACACAGCUCUAGACCCAUCAGAUAUAUCAGACUAUUUAGAAGAUGAAUUAGUAAUAUUUGAACUUCUACAAAUGUCAGAGUACUGUGAAGGUGCUGUUAGACUGGCCUCAUACUCAUGUAAUGCUAAGGACUUUCUCUUCCCAUAUCCAUCUCUAGCUCCAUGUUAUGCUUCCACUGCCAAAGAAAUACUUCUUAACAGAACUAUUGACUUCCCUGGAAUUUCACCAAAGCUGGAGUUUAUAACUGUGACAAACAUCAAAGAAUCUGUGUCACCUGAGUUGGAUGCAUUAGAUGAGGCUUUACAGGAUGCAAGGAAAUCAAGAAGGAGAUCUAGAUCAAGGUCAAGAAGUAGGCCAUCAUCCAGAGCAUCUAUGAGGACCUUUGUGCAUGUUGAACCAGAGGAGGACUCAAAAAGCUACCACCGGCCAACGGUCUCCUCUGUUUGUCAUUCUAGGUCCCCGUCCCCUUUCCUCAGGAGCAAGUCACCAGGUCCAGUUACAGACAAUGGAAGACCACCAUUUGUUGUCAGACAUCUGGAUAAAAGUUUAAUCGGAAGAUUACCAGCUGGCUUAGGAAGCUCAGUACUCAAGAAAGGAAAGAAGAAGGGAAAGAGACUCAGUCGACCAACAAGUGCUAUGUCUGAUACAGGGUAUUAUAGUGACUAUAGCCGAUAUCCACUAUCAUCUACCGCCAGCUAUAAGAAAUAUCCUGAUGCAGGAGACGAUCCAUUGUACAAAUCUUACGCAGUUAGUGAUGAUGAAGAUUUGGAAGUUGCAGCCUUGACCUCUUCCUUGAACAGAAUUCGAGCUCGCUCCAGGUCACCAAGUCCAUUUGUCUACAAACCAACAUUUAGUAGUCGUUACACCUACAGUCCCUUAACAGCAGCAGAAAGGGUGGACUUAAAAGUUCGUAGUGCAUUGAGAAGAAAUAGAUCUUUAGAAAGACUCAGUAUGCUGUCACCAGCACUUUCUCUUUCAAGACUUACGCCAACUUAUAGACCAAGAUAUAUAUCUCCCUUUAGAGAUUCUCUAGAUGACCUUGCGCUAGAUACAACCCUAGCCGAAAGAAGGAGGUAUUACAACUAUGGUUACUACUACUAGCGUUGCAUGACUAGCAUGACCUGAAGUUCAUUUGGACAAUGGUAAAUAUUGGACAGAGAAGUCAGCUCAGUAUUCAGGAACGUCACACAGACAAGUUUUUAAUGACACUUUGAGCUCGUCUUACAGUAAAUUGUACAGUAACGCUAAGAAGAAAAUUGUAGUCUAAAUGUUUUUAUUAUUGAGCUAGUAUAAAGUGGUAACAUUCCAAAGCUAUUUUCUAGAUAUAUUAAAAUUCUUAUGCUAUUUUUAGAAUAUUUUUCAUUUCCUUUUUUCUCUUU